AAUCAUCGAUCAUGUCCAUCCACUAAUAACACGUACGAAAUCAUUACGGACACUUGAUUCGAUUUCAGACAACUGUUGGAUAUCCUGCGGCGCAAAAGAAUCUCGGACGAAUUAUUAAAAUUUAAAUAACGAGGUGGUAACUGUUGGAACAGCAUUUAGAUAGACAGAAAACGCCAUUGCUAUGUCAGGUUCGACCAUGUAAACAUCUUGUAACAACAGAAAAAAAUGUCACAACCCACUCGACGAAUGAGUACGCAACAGACGAACUACCGAACUGCUGGAGCACCGGAGUUGCUCGGAUGAAGCAACAACUACAAACCGGCCGGAAAAGGAACCUUUGAGGGAGAGGCAGGCCUCGAUCACAAAAUUCAUGGCUCUACGGCGGUAGAGCCACUGUACGUCGUACGUCCAAGAGCUAUUUCGUUGUCCAAGCGUUGUCCAAGCAUAAGCCGAAGAAGUACCACACUAUUACGAAUCCAAGAAGAUCCCUCCUUGGGUGAAUCAAGAAAUUCAUCAUUUCGCUUGGAAGAAACAAGAAAUUUUUAAAUUUUAACAUGAACACGCAAUGCCAGCGAGGAUUUACGAUUGCUCAACUUUUGAAAGAGCCGAACAUGAUUUUGGAAGUGGGGAGUGACUUGAACAACGAUGAAGAAGAAGAUGAAAUUUUUGGUUUUACUGGUAAUUCUAAAAUGUCUGGAGCAGAUAUGCUGCGUUUUUUGAAUAUUAAUGACAAUAGUGAUGAUGACAACAAUGAUCAGGCAGAUGAGACAAUUGUCCCUGUAGGACUUAGCUUCGAAUCAUUAAGAGCCACCAUGAUUGAUAUCUCUGGCAAUGAAAAAGUGUUUAAAGCUGUAAAAAAACCGGGUGUCGGUGAUGUAGUCCCAAAGGAUGCUAUGGUCACGAUAACUUACUGGGGGUAUUUUGAGUACAGAGAUGAACCAUUUGAUUCAUCAGUUUUUCGCCAAUCAUCUGAAAGAAUCCGAUUAAACCAAGGAAUGUUGAUUCCGGGGCUGGACAUUGGGAUUCAGACAAUGAAAAAGUACGAGCAGUCUGUGUUUGUGAUAAAUUCUGAUUAUGCUUAUGGAGCCAUGGGUUGUCCACCAAGAAUCCCUCCAAAUGAAGACGUAUUGUUCAUUGUUAUUUUGGAGAGUUUCAUUGACAAUGCAGCUGCUGAUACGUACGAAAGCCUUGACAAAGAAGAAAGAAGAUCCCUGGCAAUAUCUUUCCCUAAGGCCAUGGCCUUCCAUAUAACUGCUAAUGAUGAUUUUAAUAGAAAACGGAUCAAACAAGCCAUCAGAGGGUAUAAAAAAGUGAUACAAAUUUUGGAGAACGUUCACUUGAAAAAUCAGGAAGAGCAGGAUAAGCAGCAGAAGGCUUUAAGCAAAGCUUAUGUGAACUUGGGUAUCUGUUAUAACAAGCUGAACGAGCCACGCAGAGCCUGCCUAGCAUGUAGGAAUGCCCCAAUACCGAAUGCUAAAGCACAUUUUACUCAUGGUAAGGCACUAAUGACUAUGGGCGAAUAUGACGAAGCAAUGAAAGAAUUGCACCAUGCCAGAAUGAUGGAGCCACAAAAUCGGAGAGUCAUUGAUGAAAUCAAGGAGCUGAAUUCAAAAAUGAGAAAGUACAAAACAACCGAAAAAGAUCUUUGGUCUCGAUGUUUAGGCGUCAAAAAAGAAACUCAAAUGACCGAGUAUAUGACAUGCGUUCGUAACAUAUGUGAAGAUUUUCUAAAUAAUCCAGAUUUGUUGAGACAAGCCUUGCCUGCUGGACUCGACGAAGGCGAAUUAGAAUGUAUCAAGCAGCAAGCAGCCCUUCUCGGCUUGUCAUUCACAAAACACGAAAGAUAUGGCAAAGUUGUUUUCUACAUGAGUAAGCCUGACUAUGAAAGUCAUCGGUCUACAUAAAAACAACAAAAAACCUACAAGCAUCGUUCAAAGACGCGUUGGUGGUGUGAUCAUACACCAAGUUUUAUACGCGAAACAUUAAUAUUUUUUAUAAUAUUUCAGUUAUUAGUGAUAACCAUUCUUAUUCCCAUGAAAAAGUCAUUAUGAGAAGCUGCAGAAGUCAGUGAUAUGAUUAAAUCUGUAGUUGAACAAAGUUACCUAACUAUAAUACUUUAUAUGAAAAAUAAGAGCUAUAAGUUUUUUCCGCACCAAAUUUAUAUUUUUUAAAUAUAGUCUAUUAGUGAUAACGUCAAACUUGACAUGACUUUCUCUAGUUAACGUAAAUGUCUAUCUGAAGAACUGAUAAAAUUUUUAUACGUUGUUGUGAUUAUGAAUACUUUGUAUAAUCUGUGAUUGAAUUAGAUCUCUUUUUCGAAAGUA